AUGUCAAUGUCGGUGGCCGUCGGCGGUGAUGAUGUCAACUUGUCACUUCAAAAAGCCCUAUCCAGAAUGCACGUACAACAUCAGCACCCGCAUCAGCAGAUUGGUUUAUGCAAUCCUUCUAUUUCUAAUCAAAACUUGCCUGUAUUCUUCAAUUCAGCAACACAAACCGUCAAGUGUGAGGAUGUAGAUGGUGCAAGUCCUAUUGUCCAUGGAGGCAUCAAAGUUGAACAAGUGGAUGAUCCUUCAUUUGGACCACUGCCUUGUGGUGUUGGCAAGAGAAACAGGAAAUCAAAGGCCUCUAGGUCCUCUAUACAUUCUAAAGCUGGAAAUCCAGAACCAAACGCUGAUUUUGGUGAUCUCAAUCUAAAUCUAGCUACUGCUUGUCGCUAUGACAAUUCUCUUGGACUCCUCACAAAGAAGUUUGUUAGCUUGAUACAGGCAGAUAAGGAUGGCAUUCUUGAUCUAAACAAGGCUGCAGUUUUGUUAGAAGUCCAGAAGAGGAGAAUUUAUGAUAUUACCAAUGUUCUUGAAGGUAUUGGACUAGUAGAAAAGGCUACAAAGAAUCACAUACGGUGGAAGGGAAAUAAGACAUUGUCACCACGAACCGUGGUUAAUUACUCUAAAAAAUUAAAGACUGAGCUUGAACAUCUACAUGCCGAAGAGUCCAGGAUUGACGAAUGCAUAAGGGAAACAAAAGAGCGCCUGAACUCUGUGAAAUUUGAUCAUAAUAGUCAAAAGUACCUUUACUUAACAGAACAAGAUUUUAGGAAUCUUCCUUGUUUCAAGAAUCAGACUCUAAUCGCGAUAAGAGCGCCACAUGCUAGUUCUAUUGAAGUUCCUGACCCUGAUCAGGAUAGUGGUUUUUCUCAGAAGCAGUUUAAACUUAUUGUUAGAAGCCAUACAGGCCCAAUUGAUCUUUAUCUCGUAAGCGAAUCUGAGGAGCCGACAAAUUCAUUGAAUGAAUCAGCUCGAGAAGGUGGCAACUACGUCAACCAUGACACUGAUUUCUCGCCACACCAACAAACACAUUUAGAUUUAGUCAGCUCAGUUGACUCCGGAUCGCAUGGAAUUCAGAAGAUAAUUCCAUCACAGAAUGAUAUUGCUCACGAUUAUUGGUUCGGGUCAAAUCCGGAGGUCAGCGCUACCGAAUUAUGGGGUAUGAAUUUACCAUAACAUUUUAGAACUAAUUAGUAUUUUUAUAGAAGGAAAUAUUAUUUGUUUUUCCUGAUAAAAUAAAAGUUGUUAAAAGUAGAAAAAAA